CUACCACGUGUGCUUGGAGCACAGCGCCACCAUCGAGCCGGAGGCCAGACCGAACCGUACCUGAGCCACUAGUGUUGUAGCCAGAGGAGAAUAGCAUGGCUUCAUGUGAACGGCUCCGCCAACCUGCACCCAGCCUGCAUUACCUGACUCCUAUCUCACUGUUACAGGCAUGGUAGUCUUUCUGGCCUGGUGACCGUAAUACUUGGAUUAAAAAAAAAAAAGAAAGCUUGUAGCCGUUUUAUUUGCAGUCCACGUCUAUCCAUUUUUCUAUCGGAUUCUACCCAGGGUAAGAGUAGGGUUGACGGUCGACUGUUAAAAAGCCCACCCACGGAUACAGAUCACUGUUGGGGGAUGCCAAUAUGGUUUGGUUUUCUGCGGAAAGCCCAUGUCGCCACCACCGAUGGGUUGAUCCACGGGGAUGGAGUCGUUAGGUAUAGCGGCACUAUGGAGUUCUACACUGGCGAUUAAAAUGGACAGUCGGCCGGGAUUACCGUCAAGCGUGAUGCCCAAAACAAACCUAGGUGUUAACACAAGAAAAUGAUUUCUUAUUUUCAUCUACGCCUACUUCUGUUUGGACAUUUUUGCCUUCAAGCGUGCGCCAUUGACUGUUUUGUCUGCUCCUCGGUGGACGGGACAAACAAGGACUGUGAAGACACGUUUACUCGUACCUUGGCCACGGCGCAAUUUAUCCAGAGGGAAUGCACGUACGGCUUCUUCAAGGCCACCCACUGUAUUAAACUAAAGGGUAAACGAGAGGACGGGAGCACCCUUAUCGUGCGUCAGUGUGGUGAGCGGGACUGGGGAAGGCACUGUGGGGACAUUCAGUACGUGGACGGAAUGGGAACAGAGCGCAUAUACGGCUGUUUAGAAACUUGUGAUAUGGACGGCUGUAACCAUGGUGUGAAAAUGGCCGCCAGUAUGAUACUACUAUUACUUUGCGUUUUGUACGGCAUUAGCGGCAUGUAUUGCUGACAGGAUUGAGUUCUGAUAUGGAUUAAGCGAGACAAAAGUGUUUCGGGAUUAGUAUGUUGCAAUUGACACGGUGUUCAACAUACCUGGUAAAAAUGAUGGAGGUAUAUUCACUCUUUCAUGACGUUGGAGAAGGUUUCCAAAAUGGGAUUGCUGUUCCCAUCCCUUGUGAUACGCCGGUCUCAUUGCUGUCGACGGCAGAGAAUGACUAUUGCACAAUUGUGCUAGUUUGUGAGGUAGAGUGUGCCGGAAAGUUUGCGUUAUUGUGACUGUUACACGAGAGCAUAUACCGCUGGACACGAGUCUGAGAAAGGAGCGCAUUCAGAGGCUAUCGAUGGCUGGGACUUCUCGGUGCCAUGGAUCUGCCGAAACUCGGUGGCCCACUCUUCCCCACCUACUUUAUAAGCUUGCCAUUUCUAACCCACAGUGGCCCCUGGUGGCGAGUUGUUGGGCGAAGCAACAGAAACAGUGACAACGACUGGCGCGGCUCUGCGACCCGUGAAAUAUCCUCUUACAUAUCCCUACCCUUGAAUAUGUUUUGACUAACUCUCUUAAGUAGCUGCGCUAGAAUCCAACUUUCCUACAACGUUUCUUCGUUCUUGCUCCAUUAAUGAGAUUUCUUAAACCUGUCUUCAUCCUCAAGCGGAGAUCUGGUGACGGUCUUGGUUAUAAUCUAUACUCUCAAACGCAUAAAGCUCAUACCAAUUCCUCUUAAGACAAAUAAUCUUUCUUCUAAAAAAAUAUCUACACAUGGAAUUACUCUUUAUGACAUGUGUAAAGCUCAUCUCUUUGAGCUCGCAUCACAUUACCACGUUACUGCAAGUCUUUAUCCCUCAAUUAAUUUCUGUGCAUCUUUUUUUAACCUUCGAAUUGUUGUUGGACUGUUGCUCUGUACUACUGCUUUGGCAUGCACAUUGAGAUCUGGGUAGUCAUUUCUCUAGCAAAAUGCUCUACUUCUCUAGCACAAUGUUCUAAUUCUCUUGCAACAUGUUCUACUUUGGAGGAUCAUUUUCGUAGCAAAAUGUUCUCAUGUCUAAUUUCGACAGUCUUAACAUAAGGCUGCAUUCUGCCAUUCUAGUGCUAAGUAACGUCUUCAAACGUGAGCCAUCGGUUUCAGUCUCUUCUAUCUGGUGAAGUUUUAACAUUAGUCUUUACCUGAAGUUUCUGGAAUUCAGGGACAUUUUUAAACCAUCAUGUCCUAACAAAGGAACGGUAAUAAUGACUUUCCAACAAUAGACACUGACUUUGUAUUUAUGUCUAAGCUAACUGUUAACAACUAGAACUUCAUGUUACUCAACAUAGAAUCAUUCCUGUUCGUUAUCUAUUCUUAUUCGAUGUUACCUAAUAUAUUCCAGAUUAUAAGGAUAUCCUUGAUUACAUAUUAAAACAUAACGAUGUGUGCUAACAUAAAUGCUAGAACGAUAUUGGAUGUCUAAAAUGACACAAGGAAAUUACUGUAUUCUUUUUUAGAGAAAUUUAAGGUGAGUUUAACUCAGUGAAUUUCAAUCUUUCGGAAUCCAGAUGUCCUUCAUUCUUUCAAGCAGCAUGUAUACCUAUGUACGUAUAUGUAACUUAUUUUCUGUAUACCAGAGUAAUCAUCCUUUGCUUCGUCUUGGAGGCUGGAUAACAACUUGCCUAUAUCGUAACUGAUAAGUGAGCCAUGAGUAUUCCGGUAUUCAGGGUCUGGCACAAGCUGCCAUAAACCGUUGAUGGAUGGCAUUUACUCCAGACACAAAUCUUUCUCAAAUUCCUACAAUUUGUCUUGAACGUGUUCUCCUUAACCCGUAAACAACCUUGCAGCCUUAAGGUCUCAUCUGGGUUCCCAUAUUUUAAAUCCAGGACAUAAAACCAAUGCUUUAGUGUCUGAUUAACAUGGUAAAACCAAGAUCUUCUUACUUUUCUGACUUCACCUUAAAUUAAUCUUCCUUCAUCCCUCUAUCAGUGUCUUUUUUCCCUAGGUUUUAGUUUUUAUAUAUAUAAUUAAUUAACCGGGGAUUAGGGGUUUCUCAGCUCCAGAAAAGAACUUUCUUCCCAUAAGAUCACUGGAAUUCCAUCCUUUAUAGCCAAAGAUCGAAACGGUUAGACAAACAAGAAUUCUUAUUUUCUGAGUCUGUCAAAGAUAAAUGAUGGCUUAGAGUGCCCAAUGAUGAAAUGUACAUGUAAAUGCAUUAACGUACUUUGCACACAGUUGUGUUUGUGUGAUGGAAAAUUUUAAUGGAAACUUUAAGAACGGCCACGUGGGCAGCUUAGUUUUCAUAUUGUUCAAGAUGUACCAAGACAAUGGUAAUGUCAAAGAUAAAAAAAAAACCUUGAGUUUCGAUAAAUCACAUGUUCUGACAAGGAACACAAUCAGGAAACAUGAAUAUUGUUUCGUGAAACUAUGCACGUCAAAAUGCUUGUCUAAAACACCCAAACCACCCUAAUCAGUCCGAUUCAAAUUCUGUGUAUUCCUUUGCCAACAUUUCAAAAACCUUUCGUUGCCACACACACACACCUUCAGGUAGUCAUUCCAGAUACACCGUACUUAUACCAGGGUCAGACCAUUGUCAAAUUAUUGUAUUUUAAGCUUGCUGGAUGGUUUUUCCACAAGAUUCAGUUAAGGGUUGCAACAUGUGUUGUGUGCUAUGUCACGUUUACCACACAUACAGGGCGCCAUACUGGACACGUGAUUGUGUCGUCGUGUAAUUAGUAGUUAUCAGCACUAUUUAACAAUCAUCGUUUAACCUUUUUUUAUUCCAUCCAUCGUGCCUUUGAGUUAUUUUGGUGUUAGACAAAACAUGCCUCUUGUGAAAAGUUAUUGGUUGUGUUUCAGAGCUUUAUGUACACUGAUUAUUGUUUAUAUACAUCCGUGUACAGUGACUUUGUUGAAACUGAAUGUGUAGCUGUGACACGGGCCCUCUGAGGAAUAAAGUUGUGAUCCAUUGCUUGUUGUUUGACAGGCACUCAGAUA